AUGUCUCCAGCUUUCAGGGCUCAGUUCGGGAUACUACCACAUAUUGUAAAGAUGCACGGGGCAGCUUUUACAGCCAUCAUUACAGGCCUCAAUGAUGUAGGUUCAAGGAGUACCCUGGAAGAACGAUCGAAGAUGCUAAACAUUCGCGUCGAAGUACCUAAACCGCUGCGAAAAUUCCCUCCAGCUGUUGUCUCCACCGCAUGCAGCUGUUUCGUCACGUCCCCUACAGUCACAGCUACACAGUUCCCAUUCCAUAUAGUCACAUCAACCUACACUGAUACUGCCACGGCCGUGGUAACCUCUACUACCACUGUCCCAACCAUCACCACAACAAAGACCAGCGCCGUCGCUACCACCACUGCGAUCUACAAAUACGGCGGUCAAUACGAACAUUUCUGUUACCCGCUUGGCUCGGAGAACAAUCUGCAAGGCACCGAGCAAGACGGCCUAAUUGCGCAGAACUACACGCAAGCCCUCGACCACUGCGCUAGGGCGUGCUUUGACGACCUCCGCUGCCAUCAGUUCUCCACUCAUUCUGGAUACACGUCGAUCCCGUUCACGUACGACUGCUUUUUUGGGAGUGGGAUCCCUGGACAGCAGGGGUGGGUCCUCAAUGGCCCCGAGGGACAGAAAUCUACCAUCGCAUGCGAGAACUUUGAUGCACCGGCCGAUAGGCCAGGUCCGUACCAGAGAUACAUGCUUACUUAUGAUAGGGUGGGGUAG